AUGCGACCCCAGCCUGCUCAGUCGGUGCCGGAGCUACUACACCUGCUAAUGCGACCCCAGCCUGCGCAGUCGAUGCCGGAGCUACUACACCUGCUAAUGCGACCCCAGCCUGCUCAGUCGGUGCCGGAGCUACUACACCUGUUAAUGCGACCCCAGCCUGCUCAGUCGGUGCCGGAGCUACUACACCUGCUAACGCGACCCCAGCCUGCGCAGUCGGUGCCGGAGCUACUACACCUGCCAAUGCGACCCCAGCCUGCUCAGUCGGUGCCGGAGCUACUACACCUGCUAACGCGACCCCAGCCUGCGCAGUCGGUGCCGGAGCUACUACACCUGCUAAUGCGACCCCAGCCUGCGCAGUCGGUGCCGGAGCUACUACACUUGCUAAUGCGACCCCAGCCUGCGCAGUCGGUGCCGGAGCUACUACACCUGCCAAUGCGACCCCAGCCUGCUCAGUCGGUGCCGGAGCUAUUACACCUGCUAAUGCGACCCCAGCCUGCGCAGUCAGUGCCGGAGCUACUACAACUGCUAACGCGACCCCAGCCUGCGCAGUCGGUGCCGGAGCUACUACACCUGCUAAUGCGACCCCAGCCUGCGCAGUCGGUGCCGGAGCUAUUACACCUGCUAAUGCGACCCCAGCCUGCGCAGUCGGUGCCGGAUAUACUACACCUGCUAAUGCGACCCCAGCCUGCGCAGUCGGUGCCGGAGCUACUACACCUGCUAAUGCGACCCCAGCCUGCGCAGUCGGUAUCGGAGCUUCUACACCUGCUAAUGCGACCCCAGCCUGCGCAGUCGGUGCCAGAGCUACUACACCUGCUAAUGCGACCCCAGCCUGCGAAGUCGGUGCCGGGGCUACUAUACCUGCUAAUGCGACUGUAG